GUAUAAAAGAUCCCACUCGGCUUCCUGACUUGAGCAGUUGCAAUCGGUACACGGCAUUUGUCACAAUAUGUUAAUUGUUCGCUAUUUAAUCGCCCUGGUCUUCUCCAUUUUUAUGGUGGCCACCUCCCUGAAGAUCGAGGAGCGCUAUCGGAAGUGUGGAAGCUUUAAAAUAUCCACUCCGGAUCGACUGGUCAUCCUGAUGGAGGAGCGCCAACGCGAUGGAGGGAAGUGCCAGUCGCAACACCUGGAGCCGAGACGACUACAAAUCUGAAAUUAAAAACGUGAUAGUACGAUAAUUAAGGAAUCGUGAUAAAGGACUCAGAGCUAUAAAGACUCGGAGGAAAAAGCAUCCCAACGAUAUUGCCUCAGAGGCCAUUUAAAACGUAUUUUUCAAAACAAUAUUUAAUGAAAGAUAUUUCAACAUUAAAAUGUUAAAAAAAAUAAAAAUGUCAAAUGUUCUAAUACAGUUUCUACCAAAUAUAAAAUAUAGUAAUGUAAGUCAUCAACUUUUAACUUGAAUAAAGAAAUAUAAAAACAAAA